GAUUUAGGCGGAAAAAAAACAAUUUUGACAAAAAAUGAUUCAGGUGAUUAUUUUAACAGUGUGACGAUUUGCUAACGUUAUUCUGUUCACGUUAGCGGUAACUGAUGACGGUUAGCCUAGCAAUAUGAUGAGGUGAAGCCUUGUGUUCACUAACUUUACCUGUGUUUUCAGUUUUACAGCCUAAAGCAUGGAUGCUUGUCAAAGUCCACUCCCUGACAGCAUCAACCCCAACAACUUUCCUGCCAAACUAUGGCGUUUGCUGAACAACCCGGCUUAUGAAGCCAUCUUCUGGGACGGCGCCGGUAAAGUCAUCGUCAUUAAUCAACAUCUCUUUGAGAAACAGAUCCUGUGUCCCAGCACCUCCACCUCGGACAACGCUGAUGCCUUCAAAACGACCAAUUUCUCCAGCUUUAUCCGUCAGCUAAAUCUGUAUGGCUUCAGGAAAGCCGAACCAACUAUUAAAGACUCCGGAGACAGUGCGGCGUUUCAUUUUUUUUUCAACCCAAACUUCAAGCGAGACCACCCUGAACUUGUUGCAAGCCUGAGGAGACUCACUGUUGAUAACAAGGCCAAGAUGCACGCUGGACUGGACGUGAAAAGUCGUCCCGCAUGUAAAUACCCGCGAUUCAGUGGUGGUGGUGGGGGUGAUGAUGGUGGAGAUACAAAUGUGAAGAGAGGCAAUCCCCUCUUUGGCCCUACACAUCAGGCAUCAACUCAUCCUUACUAUCCAAAUAAAGCUCAGGCCAUGACACCACACAAUGGAACCCCAGUCCCGCCACGCUUCCUAAUAAGGGGUCAUGGUGCAGCUCACUCACCUACUGUCUUUGCUACAGACAAAGGGAUACCUGUAGCCUUAAGCCACCACCAUGCUGGAGGAGCCUCAAGCUCCAAUGCUGUGCACAUUCAGCAGACUUUACAUGCCCACGCAAGCAAUGGAAAUCCAAAUUUCUCUUUUAAUGCGACUAAUGCACAAUAUCAGCCUGCCUACUACCCCCCAGUUUGCCAGUGCUACCAUUCAAACUUUGUGACAUCCCAUAUGGCAGGUAGUGGGCUUCAGACAGGGACGUUCUCUCCUAGUUUUUACCAGGCAAGCUAUCCUGUGAAUAUGUUGUGUCGCCUGGACAACAACCAGGACAUAAAGGAAGAGGAACAGCAGGAGGUGAAAAAAUGUGACAUUAACUUGGACACCAUUUUCCAAAUUGCUGAUGAGGUGAUGCUAACUCAACCCAACAACACCGUGGUUAAGGUUGAAACCCCAGUGAAGUCGGUCCCUGUGUUCGGGACCUUAUCCAACGCCAUGCUGUGUGACAAACCUGCCAGCACUUUGAAAGUUGUGUGUCCCAUUUUAACGUCAAGUCACCCUGAUCUAGUCACAAUCAGACAGCAGGAGGAAUCUGAGCAAAUGCAUGAGGUUACCAUUGAUGUUGAAAAUGACACUCAGGUAAAAUAUGUUCAGGUUAGCGACACCGUGGGCGAUACCAGUCAGGCAGACAAUAGCAGAUGCACAGGAAGUACACCAAAUCUUUAGAUCUCAACCUGUUGAUAUGGUUGGCUUGUGACAGGGAGUCUCAAUUCACUUCAGGAUGUGAUCCAGACUUUACUCACCAUUUUAAUGAUUCUUUACUAUGUUAAAGUUGAUAUGUUCUAUUUUAAACCUUAUCUGAUGUAUGUAAAUGCUAAAGUAGUUAUGUACAUUUGUGUUCAUUUUCAUAGUAGUGGUUUUCCUUAUUGUAAGUAACUUUUAGUAAAAUACUUUUUUUUCUUCUCUAAAAAUAAGAAUAACUUGUACCACAGUACAUUUUAAAAAAUGUUAAGCAAGCUUUUACCUCUAUAUUUUUAACAGUAGUAUUUCAAAUGUUUUUAAAUAAUUUUAAGUUAAUUAGAACAUAAACUGAUUUGCUGCAGUAAGACUAGCUCAUCCUCUUCCAAUUUGAAUGUGCACGGUUUGAUUUACAGUCAGUUUUUAUUGGUGUUAUAGGUAGUGUUUGUUAUAGUAAAUUAUAAUUAUAUAAAUACAAAAUAUAUAUAUAUAAAAAAGAGCUGAAGUUGAUAAUUUUAUGAAAAUACAAUUUUUUAAACCUACUCGUGUUUUUUGGUGGUGAGCAAGUGGUUAUUGCAUUUCGCCACCUUUUAAUUUUUCACCGCAUCACUUUAAAUGUGCUGUGUUCUUAAAACGCGUAAUUGAAAUGUUUUUAAAGGCAGUGUAAGAAAAUGUAAGUAAUAAAGUGUAAUAUAUUUCUGAUAAUUCA